GGAUCAAUACCACACACAGGCUUGUCUACCUUUUUUCUCAAUCUAAUUGUCUCGUUUUAUUAUAUUAAAUUAUGUACAAGAUGCUCAUAUAGACCUGUCAAUCAUGCAAUAAUAUAUCAACCAUCAAUAUAUCUAAACAGAGAUUGACUUAUCAGAGACAAGCUUUACACCAUUGCAUCAUCUAUACAUUAAUUCUCUGAUAAUAUUAAAUGCAUGAUGCUAAUUUUUGCAACUAGUCAUGUGAAAUGAUGUUUUCAUGACUAGUAAUUAUGAAAGGUAAAAGUCACUCCAUUGUGCAAAUGGAUUCUGUGACUCCACUUCUUGAUAUGAUACAAGCCCUUAUUCCUUUAGAUGGUGAACAAGAUGCUUGAGACAUAUGCCCAGAGGGAAUCCACAUUGAUUUGAGGAAGAUGGAAGAAGAUUGCAUGUUGACCAUAACCCCUUCUUUUGUCAAAGGACAAGAACUUAAAGUGGACAAGUAAUGGUUGGCCUCCAAACAAGUUGUGUUGCUUUGUUGGAGUCACUACUACCCUUCAUUGUAGAUUCUAUGCAAACAAGAUAAAAAAAGUUCCAAUCCAAUAGGAAAUUGCACAAAUUUUGCACCUAGCACUAUGAACAAAAUAAGGAUCAUUUGAAGAGUUUGUGCUUUGUUAGUAAUAUGGUUUUGAGCAAGAAAUGUAGAGCAAAAUCUGAUUGAGCAAUCCAUAAAACAUAGAAGAAAUGCUAAAGAAAUUAGUGAAAUGUACCAUUGUUAAUAAUCAAAUGUGCUUCUUUUAUUCUUUAAAUUAGAAUUGCAACACUUUCUAGAAAAUCCAAUUAUUUCAUCAAAUGAUUUGUGUUAAUUAUCUGCUUUCUAAUUAGAACUACAACACACUAACUUUUGCAAGUUUUAUUGUCAUUUGUCGCAAGAUUUCCGGACUCAAGUCAUCACAAAUAUUUAAUAUAAGAUUUAAUUAUGAAAUUUACAUCAGUAAUAAUAAAAUUCUAAUCCAAAAUGGCUUUGACAUUUAUUUGAUGAAGGGAUGUUUGUAGAAAGAUUUAUCAAGUACAAUAGCAUGCUUAUGUGUAACAUACACUUUGUCAUGUGUCUUUCUUUGUUUGCACUUCAUGCCAAUUGUAAGCACAGUAUGUUUAAUACAUUCCUGAGUGGUGACUGCUUAAGCCAAAAUAAUACUUGAAAACUUUUGCCAUCCAUCCUAGAUUAUUGGAGCUGAUAGUGCCACAUACUUUAUUUAAUGUGUGAAUUGAUGAUAACUUAUUUAAGAUUAUGAGCUAAGCUUGAAUUGUAUUGUGGACUAUGGAUAACAUACAAAUAUUGUUGGUUGUCAUUCUUAUCUAUUUACACAAUGCAUUCAUAUGUACUUCAAUGUCAAGGGAAAGGAAUCUUAGUCUAAUUAAAAUCAAUCCAUAUGGAAGCAUGUUGAUUAAUUAGGAUCCUAUCAAUCAAAUCCAAGCAACUUGCAACACUAGACCAAGGUCAUCUGAUAUAGACUUCAACCUAAGUCAUUAUGAUAUCAUUGGAUUUGAUAUAUACCUCAAGUUAAGUUAUGUGAUAUAGACUUCAUCUUUAUAACAAUGUCCUUUUUAUUUUAUUGGACAUGCCGAUGUUAGUAGUGCUCAUAGCGGGUCAAGAGACAUGCUUUUACAAUCUUCUUCUUUAUGCUGUUUCUCACAUCCCAUGAUUCUUCUCGUUAUGAAACAUAUACUCUAAAGAUGAUUGAAUUUUAGUUUUCUAAUAUUUUGUUAGUCUACUAGCUUGAAAAUUUAUAACUUGAGUAAUUCUGUACUGAAGUAUUGUGUUGAACUUACAAUUGAAUUAAAAAAAAGGUUUAUUCUUUGAUGAUUUGUUAUAAGCCUUAGUAGUGAUACUUGAUCGUGAGUAUUUUUCUUCAAACAAGACAUAUGUGCAAUGUGCAUAUAGGUUAGAAUAAUACACAAAAGGAAGUGCAAUUGUAAUUGUUACUGUACCUAUGCAUGUUUGAGAAAUGUAUUACUAGAGUUUAUAAAUCACAACAAAAGUUCAUACUUAGUCAAACAAUCUAGUGAAAAAAUUUCAUUGCAGCAAACAAAACUACAAAUAUAGACAUAAUAAAGAUCAUAAAAUCUUAGCGAUGUUAUCAUUGUCGUUAUGGAUGCAGGGUAUUACUAUGCUUAAUAAACCGCUGCAACUUAAAAUUCCUAGUUAAAGAAAGCUAUGAUCAUUGGAAACUAUUGUUGUGUUACAAAAAUUCUAGCCCAAGAAUUACUGAUUAUUAACAGUAAAAUCCUAGCCCAAGAUAUAAAAUACUUCGAUUAGAAAUUACAAUACUAGAUGUCUAUUUAUGCAGUUGUCAGAAUGAUAGAAAUGAGUUGAGUUAAUUCUAUUUGUGAAUCAUGGAAACUCAAUAUAUUUCUAUCCCUGUAAAUUGUUUACUGUAGUGGGAUAAGACUGCAAUCUGAAAGGUCUAUGAACACCUAAUAUUUGGCAACCCACAGCUAGCUUAGCCAAUGUUAGGUUAAUUAUAAGAGUAUGGACAAAAUAUAUUUGCAUAUAUAUAUGUAUAAUGCCAAGGACAGUAAUUAUCCAAAGAAUGUCUUCUUCCUUAGCCACACAACUCACUCAAAUCUAAUAAUGUUAUUUUCACUAGGUGUCACAGUAAGCUCGUCAUCCAGAUUGUUGGCUUGUUCCUGAGUUGAAGGUUGGCAAUUAAAAUAGCUGCUAAGAGUGAAUACAAUACCUACAGAUGUAGUGGUUAGGCUGGGGUUUAUUAUUCUUGCAUGCACGUCCAUGGCUGUGAGAUGUUGGUCCUCACUUCAUGGAAAAUCAUCACAGAUGAAUCCAAUGUUCUUUGUGAUGGGGUUAGGUUGGAUUACUGCACUCCUGACAGUGAUAGCAUCAGCAACUUGAACUUGUUUUUGCUUGGAUACCCUACCAAGACUUGGCUGCUUGCUUGCACUCAGCAUGAGAGAGAUGCAUUAGUUUUGUUUCUUCAAGUCUGAGAAGAUGCCCAUGCAGCACAAGGAAAGGGCAGGAGACUUGAAAGUGAUGAAAGAGGAAGGCUGCAUGAACUCUUGGAUCUGCACUCGUGUAUGUGCAUUAGUUUCUUCUGUCCAAUAAUUAAGAUUGCAUGCAUCCACCAAAUAAAACAUGAAUUCUCCUUGUUUCAGCUAAGCACUGUGUCUAUGACACUAAACAUAUCUAAGAUUCUGUAACACCAGCUGGCUGAGUGUAUCCACCAUGUCUUGCUAGGCUUACACUCCACAAGAAGAGUCUCUUUAAGAUAAUCUUAGGAUUAUGAUGCAAUGGGAUUGAAUGAUUAUGGUAUGAUAGAAGAAAAAGAUACCGUACUUUGUAUAUUACAUCCACCGCAUUCAUUGAUGCAAUUAUACUUCGAUAGAAGAAAAUGAUUGAUAAGAAUAAUUAAGCCAAUUUUUUGGGCUGGAGGAAUGCAAAAGGUACUUUCAAAUGCAAGGAAAAAUAAAGCAGCAGUAGAGAUAUGAUAGCUCGACUAUAGAAAAACUAGAUAAAUUGGUAUGUGAAAGUACAUAUAGAGCCAACCAUAAGUAAAGUAAGUGAACUGUCAUGGGCUUGUAUUUGUCUUAUGCCCAUGUAAAGGCCUCACCUUCGGCAAGUUGGUGGAUUCAUAACUACAAAUCAAAUUAUGAAAAGAUUCAGCCAUUUUGUGGGGAAAAUAAAUCGACCCUGAUGAAAUAUAGAUGCAUGAAAUUGAAAGCCAAAUAGGAGAUUCACUUGAUAGAGUAUGUUUGAUCAUCUCAGUUGCCAUGUUACCAUUAAAUCAAAUUGGAAAGGUCCAUAUCAAGUAUAUCUUCCCUAAUCCCUCAACCAUUACAGCUUAGUAAACUGUGGAGAACUGCAGUUUACUGGGAAUGUCUCUUCCUAAUUGCAGUGGCGCUGAACACUGGAGAAAACAAGCUCCCGUAGUAAAACCUUUUAUUAUCCAUAUUACCAUAUGGUUAAGAUAGAUGCAUUGCAUGCAUCUAUUUUAGCUGCAGCUUUUAUCUAUCUUAACAUUCUAUCUUAAAUGGGUUUAUCUAUCUUAAUAUUCUAUAUACAUUCUCUUUUCAGUGAUAGCAACUUUCUAUGUACAUUGUUGCUUAAUUAUCUAAUAUUCAGAUCCAUAAAACAUCAUGAAGUUGGUUUGAUAAUUAUCUAACAGCAGUUUUCACCUAGCAAAGUAUAUGAUUCAAAUAAAUUGGGCUUUCCUUCACAACUGGCCUCAGCUCCUUGUUUGACCAAUAGGCAGAUUCUUCCCCAAUACACACCUUUCAAAACCUCACAGUCUUGUCAAGUGGAGAGAACCUGGUUCUCCAAGCAGGGGACCUCUGCUACAAUUCAAGGCAUGCAUGUGCAAGCCACAAGUGCCACCUCUCAAGCUCCUGCAAUCCCCAGCAGUCAGCAGUAGAGAAGUUUGGACACAUCUGCAGCUAUAUAUAUUGUUUGAAGAACAAAAGAAGACAAGCAGGGUUUUGUUUUGCAUUUCUUCUGUUGACAAUGGAGGAGGAACCAGAAAGAAGCCUGCAACACACUGCCAAACUUGUACCAGUGCAGUGCCAAAAGAGCCUACAUAUGCCCUCUGCCCCACUCCAGCUUUCAACAGUAGUGGACUACCCUAUGCAUCACAUAGCAUACAAAGGAGUACCGGAGGCAGUGAGCGCAGUGAGCGCAGUGAGUGGGUCUUAAUUGCUGAAGAGCUUCAUAGAAAUGAGGGAGGGUGGUUCGGCUUCGAACUUGGCGGUCGUUGAGCGGAAGGAGACGCGGAGGAAACCUGGCGGAUGCAUCGGCGUCUUCUUCCAGCUGUUUGACUGGAAGAAGAAGAAGCAGUUCCCCAAGAAACUGUUCCCUCCUGUCACUGCUGCAAAGCGGGUGUUGAGGAGGAUUGGUGGGCAUGAGAAGCUGACUGUGGCCAAGCACUUGCUGGUUCCACAAGAGAAUAGUGGAGGCAUUGCGGCGGUGAAGAGAGCGGAGACUGGCAGAUCAUGUUCUUCUCAAGAUAGUCUAGCUACAGGAAUGUGUACUCCCGGGUUGGUGGCCAGGUUGAUGGGUCUCGAGUCCAUGCCCGUUGCUCACCAUGACAACACAAGACAAGCUUUGACUUCGGAUUUCGACGACGUCCAGUGUCUGAAAGUUGGUUCAAGGCCUCAGAAGUUGCCGAAGACGGGGAGAUUCUUGAAGAACCGGCGGCCUACCGGAAACGCCAGCCGGAUCGGUUCAGACGCUUUGCAGCUCAACAUGAGCUUGGAGCAGCAGCGCAAGCUCGCUCUGCUGUUGAAGAGCCAAAGGACGCCCUCGAAGAGGAAGAAAGCCCGGCUAGUGGAGGUUGCUACCAAGAUCUUGGAACCGGGUUUGCAGUCCAGGAACCGGUUGAAAUUUGGCGUCACCGGUGUGAGCAUUUCGUCGAACAUUGCAGAAGGUUCUGACGCUCCCUUCCUGUCAAAGAAACCUGAUGAACCCUUGUGCUAUGAUUUCCUCCUCGGCUCCUGCACGAGCUGUGGCAACUUGGUGGAAGUGGUCGACUUGAGGUCAACUGACAAUGCUGCACAAGGGCUUGAUCAUGGACAUGGUGCUUUGGACUCCGACUAUGGAUCAGCAUCAUCAUUACCAUCAUCAUCUUGUGAUACAGCUGUGCUGGGAAGUGAGAAAAGAGUAAGAACACUUCCAAUUCGAGGGGAAGAUAUUAAGAGGAGUUCUUCACUGAUUACUGCAAAAGGUCAGAGCAGAGCAGCACCGUUGGCUCUUGAAGCUAAGACUAAUAGUGUUCACAGCAGGGAUAGGAAAUGCAGUGUAAGAAAUGAACAGGAUAUGUGCAGGAUGCAUGAGAGUAUUGCUCCCAAGCAGAACAAUUGGAGGCUGAAUCAGUCAACAUUGUCAAAUGAAAAUUUGGUCUCAGGGUCUAGGCAGCAUAGUCGGCAGUGCAACACAAGAGGCUCGAAUGCGGUGAUUGGGACGAAAAAGUUUGCUGCUGCCAAUAAAAGCUUCGAGAGUCGGACGCUUGCCAAUUGCAGAGCUAGAGCAUCAAAGAAAAAUGUAAUGAAGCUGGGAAAAUGUGAUCUUGAUCAGGAUAACAUGGUUCCUAAAGGAAGACCUAUGAGUAAUGGAGCCUUCAUGAAGCAAAGAAAUCUUAAAAAAGAGUUGGUGAAGUCCAAAAUUUCAGGAUCGAUUGGUAACCACCUUAGAAAUCGGACUAGCAUUAGAAGUGAUUCACAAGAAGAUGCGAAAGCUGGUGGUGGCAGUAGAAAAAAGAACAGUACAAGUCCUUCGAUGCUUAAUUCACGAACACGGCAAGUAUCAGGGUCUACAUCCCAUCAAAAUAAGGUUGAGAGGAGCAAGGCCUUCAAUGAGCUCACUGGUUGUACUUCUCCAAAGGAACUUGUAUUAAGUCAAGAGAGUGAAAAUUUGUCUUCACAAAAUGAAAUAGAAGAAGAUGCAUUGUUUGCUUAUCUUGAAGAUAAAAUAACAGAUCUGUCCUGUUUGGAUGAGAACAACUUGCAGGCAGAUCAUUAUUUUCCAGGAAUAUCUUCUCUUUCAAUUCUAGAAAGGAUGAUAUCUACACUACUGAAUAGAGGGUCCCCAUCUCUGAAGAAUACUGAUAGAGCGAAAAAUAACUUACAUUUAUCUUGCAUCGAUUCUUCUGACGAUGCCAUCUUUGAUGGACAAAGAGCAAAAACAACUGAAAAAGUUCAGGUAGGUGUAAAAUCCAGAACAAGUGCUGUAUGUUCAACUAGCUGUGACGAUCAUCCCAACCUUAUGACAGCACUUGAAGUUUCUCUCCCCACUGACGGUUGCUUCUGCUGGGAUCUCAGUUGUACAUCAGGAUGCAAACCUAACCAUGAAUCCUCAGAGAGAUUCUGCAACAAAACACAAGAAAGAGAGCAAGAAAACAAUGACUCUUCACUAACACUGCUUCUCUUGGAGGGGAAUCCACUAAGACUACUACUCUUGGACUGCAUGAUGGAGUGUCUGGAUUCAUUAUACAGCUGCUUCUACUAUACUGGUUGCAAUUCCUGGUUUACGUCUCAAAUGUUUCUAAGCAAGAACAGGUUGGCAAAGUCGAUCGAAGAGGAGAUCACAAGGUGGCAUCAUAUGGCCGGCAAGAGCCUGACUGAGCUUAUCGAGCAGGACGUGCAACAUCCGAGCUCAGAUUGGCCAUCAUCCAAGCUUGGAGGAUCAGCCGAGGUAAGUGAAGAAAUCGAAGAAGACUUACUAGAGUUAAUGAUAAAUGAAUUGGUCAUAGAUUUUUGCCAAUACUGAAUACAGUCAGAAUCCGAUCACGUUCCAAAUCAUCAUGUAUUAUCGGAUGAUGAUGCAUGCCGAUGCGGCCAACAUGCUGUAUGUACGAUAUCACGGAAAAAAUAAUCUCAUUUACCUAGAAAAAA